AUGCAGCCCGGGCUCUGGAAGCUGGCGGUGCUGACGGCACUGCUGCACCCUGUGCUGCCGCUGGAGUUCCAGCAUCACCGGUACCCGGAAAUGGUCAGUGCGCUGCUCCGGGUCCAAUCCGAGUGUCCGUUCAUCAGCCGCCUCUACAGCAUUGGCCGCAGUGCCCAGGGCCGGCACCUCUAUGUCCUGGAGCUCAGCGACAACCCCGGCAUCCAUGAGCUGUUGGAACCGGAGUUCAAGUAUGUUGGCAACAUGCAUGGUAACGAGGUGCUGGGCCGUGAACUGCUGAUCCAGUUGGCACAGUUCCUGUGUGACGAGUACAACCGUAGAAACCCACGCAUUACCCAUCUCAUCCACGAAACCCGGAUACACAUCCUGCCCUCCAUGAACCCCGACGGGUAUGAGGUGGCAGCUGAUCAGGGCUCAGAGGCAAAUACUUACCUGACUGGCCGGGCCAAUGCCCGAGGAGUGGACCUGAACCGUAACUUUCCCGAUCUCCACCUGGCCUUUCAGAAGCUGAAAGGUCGGAACCAUCAUGUCUCACUUGAUGAUAACUGGCGGGAACAGACUGAGCAGGAGACCUAUGCAGUUAUCCGGUGGAUGCAGAGCUACAACUUUGUCUUGUCGGCCAACUUGCACGGGGGGGCUGUGGUGGCUAAUUACCCCUUCGACAAGGCUACGGAACCCAUUGGCAGAGGCCCGUACCGAAGAAUUAUCUCCACCACACCCGACCACAAGCUCUUCCAGAAGCUCGCUAAGGUUUACUCGUACUCUCAUGGCUGGAUGCACAAUGGAUCCAACUGCGGAGACUAUUUUCCUGAGGGCAUAACAAAUGGAGCCAGUUGGUACUCACUUUCCAGAGGGAUGCAGGACUUCAACUAUCUCCACACCAACUGUUUUGAAAUCACACUGGAACUGAGCUGCAAGAAAUUCCCACCACAGCACGAGCUGCAGAGAGAAUGGUAUGGGAAUCGUGAGGCAUUGCUGGCAUUCAUUGAGGAGGUUCACAAAGGGAUUAAAGGGAUGGUCUUGGAUGAAAACAACAAUGGGAUUCCCAAGGCUGUCAUUUCAGUUUCUACUAUUAACCAUGACAUUACCUCAGGUAUCGGUGGAGACUAUUUCCGUCUGUUGUUGCCGGGGAAAUAUAUGGUCACUGCCUCAGCGCCAGGUUAUAAAGGUCAAACUGUUCUUGUCAGUGUUGGUGCUGGUGAACCAACACGGGUUGACUUCCAUUUGGUGCCGUUUUUGGCUGCACCCAGCACCAGUGUGCCUACCAUCUCACUGCCUUCAGUCAUCACUAGCAGUGUUUCCCUUCACAGACUGAACUCAAGGACAACCAAGAAGGGACCCCCGAUGCUGAGGGAACGUCGACGUACAGGCUGGCGUUUCCAUGGCCACUGAAACCCCAUCCUCUCCUCAACAAUCAGCCGCUUUUCUGUUCAUACAAACCGUUUUCCCUCAAUGACACUGCAUGACGUGGUAUUGGAAAAACAGUGGGGUGAAAUUUCUUUGGUGAGCAUCACCUCAGAAAAGGCAUCUGAACAGAGAUAUUUCAUCUUUAAAGUUUUGCUGUAAUGUUGUUUAUGUUUUUAAAAUUAAAAUUCUGCUUUUCCUUA